AUGCUCAUUCUUUAUUGUAUAAUAACAGCGUUGGCUGUGCCGCAAUUUAAAAACAUUGAUAUCAAUACUUCUUCAUAUCAACACACCCAUGAAUCUGUAUAUGCUCCAUUAACUCGAAAUGUAGGAUGUGGUGACGCUGCUGUCACACGGGCGACAUGGUUUUCUGUGACGAACACGUCACCGGAGCCCAUAGCCGUUUCAGUUCAAUUUUAUAAUGAGUUCCGUGUCUUAAAUAACGGAAUUUUGUCGUUCACUGUGAUAUCGACUCCCAUAGGGAAAAAUUCCCAAUGUCUUGGGAAGUACAAUGGGACGGACAAACUGACUUCCACGACGUUUACACUUCAUCCGACAGAAAAGGUAUAUAUCACCCAUCAUGCCACAGUCAAUGGCAAAGACACAAAGAAGUCCGAGUGGCUUCGUAUACGAGCGACUCCCGCAUUUUGGCUUAAAAAAGGGACUUUGGUGGUCAAACCCAAUUACAACGAUGUGAAGAAAUUGGACACAAAAACAUCAGAAAUGACUAAUGUCACUCAAUUAGUUAAAAACACCGACAAAGUCCUUUCCGACGCUCACUCGAUGAUCAAAAGUAUUAAACGAGAAACACUCGCGAAGAUCACAGCACAGAAAGUCGCCGAAGACACCGUCCAUCGCUACAUCGCCGCAGCAAACAAACGUCCGAUGAAGCCAAUUAAAGUGGCUUUAGUCAAGCGGACACGUACAGUGAAAUUGGGUCAGCGGAAGUAUCGCGCGUCGCGACUCCACUUCGACGAAUUGAUUUCCUUUGAAGACCAACAAUUCACAAAAGACAGUUGUAACCCCUCCAACAUGAUCCGAGCUAAGUUCUAUACCGUCGACAUCCCCGCAGGUAAGAAAUUGCGAGUGAACACCUGUCAUAAAGCGACGGAGGGCGAUGUGAAGGUGGAUGUCCUCGUUGGCGACAAAUGUCGUGAAGUGAGUCGAUAUAAAUGUCGGCGGAUGAAAGGAGAAGUAGUUCAAUAUGUACCUACAGGGACUAAUGGGGAGAGUGUCGUUGUCCGCGUGAGUUCUUCGAUGGUCAAGGCGUAUGCUUUUGUGAAGAUCGACGCGUUAAAUAUCGUCAAACAACUCUCCAAGUCGAAACGAGAGAAAUUGGAAAGAGAAGGAAAAUUCAGAUUUGGUGGAUUUUGGGCAAAACAAUGGGGGGACAAAACAAAGACAAAUUCUUCCACGUGUAAACAAUGUCAAUUAAUCAAAGACAAAAACGGGGGAGUAAUAAAAUCAUCAGAAGAUUGUAAAAAGUGUCCAGUUUUAGUUAAUAAUAAUUCUCUGAAAAAGGGAAGUCCUCUCAAUGAACAACAAAAAAGUGUUGCUUAUGACUUGACAACUCUUCACACUUCUAUUAAAAAAAUCGGACCGAAAAAAGUCGGAAUAGCUCUUGGGGUCGUAUUCGGUGUCAUUCUAUUGUGCUGUGGUGUCGCAGUUAUAAUCCUUAAACUUAAAAAGAAGAAAAACAUGGACUACAAUCCUCUUUAA